AUAUUACAAAAGAACAUACAAAGUAACGAAUAUAUUAAAGGUAAAUGGUAUUGGUUUAAGGAAAUGGGAUUGUGAGAAAAUAAAAAAUUUUAUUUCUAAAUUUGAUGUUACUUGUAUGAUAUAUUUAAUAGAUAAUGAGGAUAUGAUUUAUAUAGAAUUUUAUAGAAAGAAGGAUUGCACGUUUGUUUAUAAAUUCUUCAACGAUACUUUGCCGACUGGGUCGACAUUAAGUACAUCUGAUGUGAGUGCAGAAUAUGCCAAUAUAAAAUACGAAAUAAAUAACAAUUCUUGUACAAUUUAUUCUUGUGAUUAUUCUUGUUUAUUAAAACAUAAGGAUUAUAUAACAAUUAUUAAUAAUGUUCUUGAUAAAAAUUUAUCAGAUGAAAUUCUUGAGAAUUAUAAAAAUGAAAAAUGGUUAAUGUACACAAAAAAUGAUGAGAUCAAUGUCGGAUAUUAUUUCUGUCGAAAUAUUCCAAAUAAAAUAUAUAAAUCUUACUGUAUUUCAAAAUUAGAUUCCUUUUUUUCUCUAGAGUUUUUAGAACGAAUAACCAAUAUAUUUAAUAAUAGACAACCUAACCAAAUUACUAUAUUAAAUUGUCACCUCAAAAAAGCUAUAGAAUAUGUUAUUGAAUCAAGUUACAUUUUUGACGAAGAAAUAGCCUUUUUAGUGUUAGGAAACGAAUUACCCAUGUCAUUUCUUGAUAUACGAAAC